AUGUCGGGACCGUAUCUGUCGAGGCCAGACAUAGAGCGUUGGGCAGAGGGAGUGUUCUGCAUUGCUGUUACUAGUGCCACGGCUUCGGAGACCGGAGUCCGCGAUGUCUUCGACGACGACACCUCACCGCUUAUGUUGGCAGACUUCCCGCGGCCUUCAACACCGAAUUCUGGCGACUUGCGCGCGCUUUGCAACGCCUCCUGUCGAUCGAGAGGACCUAGCCAGGGGGACUCGUUUGUCGACCACCUCGAACGCCGGAGUCGUGUCCCGCUUCUUAACAAGAACAGCCGAACCGCCAAACCAUACCUGCCGAAGAUCAUUACAGCAGUCGGCGAGCGACCGGCAUACGUGGUCAAUGAUACUGUCACCUGCAUUAGCAAUUCUUUGGAGAUCGCUAGGAUGCGACGAGGUUACGACGGGUCGAAGACGAGGUGUGUGGUUGUCGGGGUUGGCUUGAACAUCAUUGGAGAUGCAUAG